UCCAAAAUUAUUCUCUCUCCUCACUAUGUUCAUCAGCCUAAUCACGUAAACUCUCGCCGGUGACUUAGCCACCACCACCUUGUCAUAUUCAUAACCCAAUUAUUCUUUUUCUUAGUAACAAAAAAAAAAUCUAUAAAAGGACCUGCUUUUAUCCACACAAUCCCUCACCAAAACAAAAGCACACACGAUGGCUUCCUUGUUCAGAGUUGCUUUCUUUUUGUUUCUGGGGUUGAUGGUUAGAGCUUCUCAAGCUCAGCUCUGCCCCACGUUUUACGACGAAUCAUGCCCCGACGUAUCCAACAUUGUGCGCCGUGUGGUACAACAAGCUUUGGUCUCUGACGAACGUGCUGGUGCCAGACUCAUUCGACUUCAUUUCCACGACUGCUUCGUAAAUGGGUGUGAUGGGUCGGUUUUACUAGAGGACCAACCUGGUGUGGUGAGUGAGCUUGCCGCUCCUGGAAAUGCCAAUAUUACAGGGUUUAACAUUGUUAAUAACAUCAAAGCUGCAGUCGAAAAGGCUUGUCCUGGUGUUGUUUCAUGUGCUGACAUCUUAGCUAUAGCUUCCGUGGAAUCAGUUAAUUUGGCAGGAGGACCGUGUUGGGAGGUACAACUAGGAAGAAGAGACAGUAGAAGGGCAAAUUUACAAGGCGCAAUAGAUGGCCUUCCAAGUCCUUUCGAAAAUGUUACACAACUUAAACGCAAGUUCGAUAGAGUAGAUCUUGAUUCUACUGAUCUUGUUGCCUUAUCUGGUGCACACACAUUCGGGAAAUCGAGAUGUCAAUUUUUCGACCGACGUUUAAACGUUUCAAAUCCAGAUAGCACGCUGAAUCCCAGGUAUGCACAACAGCUCCGUCAAGCUUGCAGUAGCGGCCGAGACACGUUUGUGAAUCUGGACCCCACGACUCCCAACAAGUUCGACAAGAACUACUACACAAACCUUCAGUCCAACACCGGCCUUCUCACCAGUGACCAAGUCCUUCAUUCCACUCCCGGCGAAGACACCGUCAAAAUCGUCAACCUCUUCGCUGCCAGCCAGAACCAGUUCUUCGAAAGCUUCGGCCAGUCCAUGAUCAACAUGGGAAAUAUCCAACCGUUGACUGGUAACCAAGGAGAAAUUAGAUCCAAUUGCCGAAGGCUGAACUAAAAUUAUAUAUAUGAUAUCAUAUAUGGUGGUUCCGUUACGGUCAAACUCAAUUGUAUUAUAAUAAUCAUAUCUUGUUUUUGUGGUUGCUUUUUAUUGUUCGAGGGGAAAAAGUGGGUUUUGAUCAAUUUUCUCUUGUGGCUUAAAAUGAGAGAGUGCAUGGGGAUGCCAAACAUCAAAGCUCAAAAACAUAUAGUGUCUUUUGUUCUAUAUAUGAUCAAUAAAAGUGGUGUCUUUCUAUUUUACAAAAA